AUGACUACAAAGAUUGUGCGGCGCAGACGUGGCGACUUCACGUCGAAGGCCCGUAAGUUGAUGGCCUUGUGCGUCAGUGGCGUUUUGCUGCUGACCGGUGGCGAAUGCGUGGAGGGUCGGCUCCAGACGGAAGCUCUUGUUCCACGUGCUUUGCAAAAGGUGCCAGAGGACCAGCAAGAAACCACGCUUUGCCGGAUUGUCACCCCGUCUGCCAGUGUCGACAAAUCUCGAACCAAAAGCACCGAUACAGACAUUCACAAAGUGACUCUGUCAAAGAACCAGCUCACUGCAACUGUGGAAUGUGUUGGUCAAGGAAGCACUGCGGUGCCUCAAAAGGACGAUGAAGCUUGUGUCGUAAAGCCGGAUGCAAAUGUCAGUACAUGCGAAAACGACAGGAAGAACACGCUGCAGAAUCUUCUUCAGGCUAAACGGAAGAUCACGUGGGUUGAUGCAAAGGACCCGCCGGAUGAAAAUCAGGGGAAAGCGAGGACGUUAGAACUCACGGAGGACGACCUUCCCUUCACUGAUAAGUCCUUCUUCGUCGGAUGUAAAUCCGCAGCGGCCGGUCAGCUCAAAUCUGCACCGGCCGCAGCGAAGACAUGCCGAAUCGAUGUCAGCGUGCUGGCGCGUUCGUCCAAAGUUGAGGAAAACGUGGUGACAUGUGCCUACGGCGCAGAGAGCAAUCCGCGCCCCUUGGAAGUGGAGCUGACGAGCCGAAACAACACGGUGGUCGUGGCCUGUGGCGCCGACGGCUCCAUCGCCCCUCCCUCGUACAACACGCACUACUGCGACGACACUUUGCAGUCGUGCGACAAGAGCUACACAGACAUUUUCCCCAAGUUCGACAGCACCUGGUGGAGUGGCGAGGCGGGCAAAGACGACGCGCCUGUGAAGCUGACCAUCCCGAAGGAGAGCUUUCCAGUUGAGGACCAGCGAUUUUACGUUGGCUGCUCACCGAAGAAAAACGGAGAUGGCUCGAGUGGGGGUUCACGCGCCGGCGCAGGUCCGGAGACUCAGGCUCCUGCAGCUUCGCCCACGCGCUGCAAAGUGAUGGUCACAGUGAGGGCUGGGGCGGCUUCCUCGCUCGCGAGUCAUUCCCUCCACGCAGUCGCUGCAGCUGCUGCGGCUAGCGGGCUGACCGGGCUCUUCGCUGGUUCGCUGUAG